AUGGUCUUACGAAAACGAGCUCCUCCUCACCUUUACAAUCUCAGCCAAGGGAAUGCUCGUUCGGAACCUCGCUCUCCGAUCUCAAAAACUUCUCCGACAUCUAUAUCGGUGUCGUCAUCCUCACCAAAGUGCCUGACGCGUCCUCGAAGAGCUCAAAGCUCACCUCAUCCGCACCGGGUUCCCUCCCAGGAAUCCGUUUUUUCGCCUGAUCUAAAUACUUCGCCAGCGUUUGCCCUGAUGUCCUUGGAGCAAGCUCAAAGGUCCCCGAUUCGGACCUCGUCCACCGAUAUCCCGAAUCCCUGGGCGGACGAGCUCAUAGAGAAGCCUACUCAGAGUCAUACUGAAUUGGGGGACUCGACCUACCAACCACCAGCAGAGAAUGGUAUUCGAGAAGGGGAUGUGGUGGAUACUAAAAAGGGAGACCGGGUACCCCCAAUCGUGCUUGCGGGCACGCAACGAAGAAUGGCCGCGAAUGAAUGGCAGUCGAGUCAAGGGGUUAAUGAUGCUUCGGACUGGGAGUAUUUGAGUCAUCCACCUAUCCAGCUACAGUCGAACAACCCGUUUUUGAAGGCCACACAUCAUGAUAAGAACUUGUGGGACGAUAGAAAUUCUCAUGCAUCGUACGGGUCAUCCCUUUCUCGAGACGACGCAAGCGGUGGCUUACGUCAAGAUGAGGGUUAUAUCCCCAUGACUGCCCGUCUAUCUCUCUUUGACCAGCAAGAGUCGCAGUCCCCCUGGGUUAAUGAGCCCGGGUCCACUACUACGCAGCAUCAAAUAUCCCCGCCACAGCUGUUAGAGAGCCGAUAUGAAGGCGGCUCUGGGCCUUCCAACUCUCCAGCCGCCCUUGAUGGCGCUGAAUAUACACACUCGCAGCUUCAGCCCCCACAGGUGCCCCCGAAAACCGGAACAAGCACGCCUGGGACUUUAUCUACGGCAACAACCGUAUCAUCUCAUGUCCUCAUCGAUUUUGACGAGUCACCUCGGCCAGACCUAGGGAGUGAUUUGGCUAAAACAAUGCCACCCAGUGCACACUCCGUGGAAUAUAAUAAUGGUGGCCAAACGGCCACCUUGGAGAGUGAUCAAUCAGAAAAGGUCCCAUUAUCGUCUCAACAUAAUGUUGCUGGUCCUGCAGUCCCUUCGACCUCUGAACAUCCUCGGGCGGCCCCGGUAUCCGAGGCAGAGACACAACAACAUCAAGAAAAACGCUCAGAGACAUACUCAAUCCGACAUAUCAAUUGGCAAGAUUCCACGGGUACUCUCCGGGAGUCCCCUGUUUUGGUUCAAAACAAGAACGGGCCUUGUCCUCUAUUGGCGUUGGUCAAUGCCCUUGUGUUGCUUGCAGCUAGCCAAAGCUCUCCGCCACCCAUCGUCAGGGCCUUGCAAACUAGAGAACAAAUUUCUCUUGGACUGUUAAUCGAGGCUUUGUUUGACGAGUUAACAACACGUUUAGGGCCCGAUGAAGAAUUCCCAGAUAUCGAGGCUCUCAGCCGAUUCUUAACGAUGCUCCAUACAGGAAUGAACGUCAAUCCACGCCUGACCUUGGAAACCAAAAACGCACCUGGAACCUUUCUUGAAACGGGAGAUAUUAAAUUCUACGGCACUUUCGGUGUACCACUAGUACAUGGGUGGAUUGCGUCUCCAUCGAGCCAGGCCACUGCAGCCUUGACGAGAGUCGGCCAAUACCACGAGGAUAUCCAGCUACUCCCUUUCCGUAAACAGGAGCUUGAGGACCGCGUGUUUCAAGGAGCGUCCCUCACUCCAGAAGAGGAAACUGUUAUGGCGGAUAUUCACGCGAUCCAGCAUUUCACAGACGUUGACAACGCAACCCAAUUAAGUCCCUUUGGACUUGAUCAUUUAACCAAAACCCUACAGCCUGGGUCACUAUCGAUCCUCUUCCGCAACGAUCAUUUCUCUACCCUUUAUAAACACCCGCAGCUCCAUCAACUGUUCACUUUAGUCACUGAUGCGGGCUAUUCCAACCAUGCAGAAGUGGUAUGGGAAAGUCUUGUUGAUGUCAAUGGAUCCAAUACCAGCUUCUGCGCGGGAGAUUUCCGCGUCGUCAGUCAGCAUGCGCCUCGAGAUUCGGAUCCACCUGGACCACAAACAUCGCGUAGUAAUGCAGGGUCUAGUCAGAAACCCACACUAUCGCCUCAAGAACAGGCGGAUGCCGAUUAUGCCUACGCCCUUUCACUCCAGUACCAAGAAGAGGAGCAACGAGGGAACAAUCGAACUGCUCAGCGAGCUUCAGCCCCACAUCUAUCGCCUCCGGGUGUUUCGCGAGGGUCCACCGCCCACUCUCGUUCGUCCAGUGCAGUUAACGUCCGGAACGGAUCAUAUACAUCCCCUGCUGGGAUCCGCACAUCGGCGCAGCGUCAAUCUUACGGACGCCACUCGCAGCCACACUUUGAGACCAACCGUCCCGCGCAGGAUGAGUCUGACGACGCUCCGCCGCCAUCGUACGAACAGGCGGCACAGAGUCCAGCAUAUCCCUCUCCCCAAAGAAGUCCGAAUGUUUCAGACACCCCUACCAGAGCCCCCUAUCAGAGGAACUACUAUGGGCGACGACCCCCAGGAGCUCCUCCAUCCCCGGGUCUUCCGGAACGCGGCAGGGAUAGGGCUAAGGAUAGGGACUGUAUCGUCAUGUAA